AUGGCUGCCUCUUCGUCUCUCAGGCUAAUCCUGGGCUCCUCGUCGGCGUCGCGUCGCCAGAUUCUGUCCGAGAUGGGAUACAAGUUCACUCUUCUUAGCGCGGAUAUCGAUGAGAAAGCCAUCAGAAAGGAGAACCCAGAGGAACUGGUGGUUGCCUUGGCUCAUGCGAAAGCAGAUGCUAUACUGGAGAAGAUGCAGAACGAUGGGAUGAUGAAAGAGAUUGUUGAUUCUCAAGAGACUACUCUGAUGAUAACUGCUGACCAAGUUGUGAUUCAUGAUGGAGUGAUUAGAGAAAAACCUAGCACUCCAGAAGAGGCACGGAAAUUCAUCAAAGGGUACUCUGAAAGCCAUGCUGCUACGAUUGGAUCUGUGCUUGUUACAAAUGUGAAGACUGGAGCUAGAAGGGAAGGAUGGGAUAAAGCAGAAGUUUAUUUCCACAAAAUUCCUGAUGAAGUUGUGGAGAGUUUGAUUGAGGAGGGCAAUGUCUUCUAUGUCGCUGGUGGUCUCCUUGUGGAGCAUCCCCUAACUUCACCACUCGUCGAAGCCAUUGUUGGUACAAUUGAUAGUGUAAUGGGGCUCCCUAAAGCGCUCACGGAGAAGCUCAUCAAGGAGUCCCUUUCAGAGCCAUAG